ACUAGCUGAGUUAGUAAAGGAAGGCCAUGAGGUUGAUUUUUGUAAAACGGUUGUGCGAAGGUCACGAUAGGACGAGACGCUGGCACAGCUUCUUUUUGAAUCAGAAAUCUCUUUUUGUCAGAGACUUUAAUAUGGCUACUGAAGCAAAGAGAGCAAAGCUAACUGAUGAGGAAAGACAAACGCACAUAUCUCCACUUAAGUCAGCUGGCUGGGCUUUGACUGAAGGUAGAGAUGCAAUUUACAAAGAGUUUAUGUUUAAAAAUUUUAAUCAGGCAUUUGGUUUUAUGACCAGAGUAGCAAUGCAAGCAGAGAAGAUGGACCAUCAUCCUGAGUGGUUUAACGUUUACAAUAAAGUUCAAAUCACACUGAGUUCACAUGAUGUGAAUGGACUCUCGGAUCGUGAUGUGCGACUGGCUAACUUUAUUGAAAAGACUGCCUCUUCUGUAUCAGACAAGUGACAGGCUUAGAGCUUUUCUAUGACUGCUGUAUGGACAUUGGACAUUAACAUUCCUUGUACUGUGUUAUACUAACGUAGAAUACUUAAGUUGUAUACUUUAAAACGUACUCAAAUAAAAGUAGAAAUGAGACAAAGCAGCUGAGGUUAUUGUUCAUUUUGAAAUUAAUCUGCUGUGUUCGAGGCAAUAAAAUAUUUUGUUCUAAGCUGUAAUGUUUAGGUUUAUUCAAUUUCUUUUCCAUUUUGAAAAUAAUAUUUUAAAACCAGCAACUAACAUUAUGUGAAGCUAACAAAUAUUGCAAUAAGCUUACAUCAGUUGUUUCUUAAGCCUUUUUAUUAUUCUUGAAUUUCACAUUUUCUGUAUUUUGAAUACAUCUUACAGGACAUAAGAAAUUCUUUCUACUUUGAAUUAUGGAAUAAUUUGUAUAUUUGUUUACUGUUACUGUACUAGGUAAUUGUGUGAAUGGGUUUUGUUGCAGUUACGAGAGACCAAAAGUUCAAAAGACCUAAUGAAAUAAAAGUUUUGUCAUUGUACUUAAAUGUUCUGAAUAAAUCUUGCUAGUUCUGAAAUG